AUGAUGUCUGAAGAUGGGUUGUCCUCCAUGAGAGGUUUAAUCCAAGAUCCCAACCCAAACCCUAAUCCAAACCCUACCUCAAAUCCAUCCAACAAGCGCAAACGAAAUCUCCCCGGCACACCAGAUCCGGAGGCGGAGGUUAUCGCGCUGUCCCCAAAAUCACUGAUGGCGACUAACCGCUUCGUUUGCGAAAUCUGCAACAAGGGUUUCCAGAGAGACCAGAAUCUGCAGCUCCACAGGCGCGGCCACAACCUCCCAUGGAAGCUCAAGCAGCGGGCCAACAAGGACCAGGUGCGGAGAAAGGUGUACAUAUGCCCGGAGAAGACGUGCGUCCACCACGACCCGGGUCGGGCCCUUGGCGACCUGACCGGUAUCAAAAAGCACUACAGCAGAAAGCACGGCGAGAAGAAAUGGAAGUGUGAUAAGUGCUCGAAAAAGUACGCCGUGCAGUCCGACUGGAAAGCCCACACCAAGAUAUGUGGGACAAGAGAGUACAAGUGCGACUGCGGGACUCUCUUCUCCAGAAAGGAUAGUUUCAUCACACACCGAGCCUUUUGCGACGCGCUGGCGGAAGAAAGUGCUCGGUUCACGCCUUGUCCCAAUCUCAACUUUAGAAGCAACAAUCUUGUUCAAAACCCUAUGAAUCCCCAGUUCCCAGCAGCAGGCAUGUUGAGGCCCCAACACCUCGACCCGGGCCUGGACCUGCAGAAGCCCAUUUGGAUGGACCAUCAUCAUCUCAACACAAUCGGGCCCAGCUCGGGUGUCAACAACUUCCAGCUGGCUCCAGGCACCACCAAUCUUCCCGACUUGGUCCAAAUCGCUAAUACCCAAAGUAAUCCUCCGUGGUUGAUUCCCGGCAACAAUAUGAAUGAUAAUAAUAAUCAUCACAUCAAUGCAUCAUCAUCAACAUCAUCUUUUAUUCCUCGAGCGUUGAAAGAGGAGGACGAGAAGAAGGGGAAUUUUUCCGAAGCCAUAAGCUCCCUUUACUACAGCAACAACAGCAUUCAGAAUGAAACUAACAACAACAACAAUCCCAUGUCUGCCACAGCACUGCUGCAGAAGGCAGCUCAAAUGGGGUCCACUAGGAGCACUAGCUCGUCCGUUUUCGGGUUCGGGCUCAUGGACUCAUCAUCCGUUUUUCCGGGCCUCAGGAGCUACGGUUCCUCCUUGAAUUUUCAAACCGGAAACAACAACAACAACGAGGUUGAACAGAAUAUCGGCAACUCCGAGAGCUUGGGUCACGGGCCGUUGAUGGGCCCGGUAACCGAGCAUCUGCUAAUGGGGGAGAUGGGUCCCGCCAGUUCGGGAAAGCGGAAAUUUAACAUCGAAGGAGAGAGUAGCAUGACGAGGGAUUUUCUCGGAGUGGGUCGAAAUGAGAAUAGGCAGUUCUUGGAGGACCAAAGCGACGAGCUGGCCAACUUUGCGGGGAUGGGCAUGGGCAUGGACAUGGGCGGGCAGUACAGUACAAACCACUGA